CCUGCACGGACCCGCCGGGUCCCCCAAGAUGGCGGCUCCCACCACGAGCCCCCGCGCCUGGGAGCCGCCAUCUUGCCUCCUGAACAAAGCCGCCGAGGUUGCCGAGGGGGCGAAACCGCUCUGUACGGCACGGCGCAUGCUCGGGAGCCCCGCGCUGGGCUCUUCCAGACAGGAAGCGGGAGAGUUCAUCAAUCCACGUUAAUCUGUGACAGAUGACGAGGGUCCGAGGCCGCCCCCAAGGUGAAGCCCCACCUCAGAUGUUUUCUCAAACCUCCCAUCGCCCUGGAUCCCUCGCGUCCUCAAGGAAGAAAACGUCCUUCGAACGUGAGAGCAAACAUAUCUAAAGUUUGAUGUCCAGAGAGGAGCACUGAUGGUUUUCCUUCCAGGUUGAUUUUGAACAAGCCUGGGAUAACCCUAUAGGAAACUAUCUACCUUUCAUGGGAAUACUCACUUCUUGUGAAUGAGUUCAGUCUUCUCUGUGUGACCCAUCCUGGGACUGAGAAGAAUUUACCAGACUGGUAAAUGGCUCCUGGAGAUAUAGUCUGUCUUUCAGUCCUGAUUCCUUGCACCUCUGCUCUUUUGGAAGAAAAACAGAAAAUGACCAAGUCUCAUGCAUGAUAUAGAACUGGGCAUAUGGUUUGGCAUGCUAUGGUAAAAAUGAGAAUGAUCACUUCAGAUUGAAACGGAGCAUGCUGUUAUAGGGUCCACUGUCAUUUGAGGAUGUGGCUGUAGCUUUCACCAAGGAGGAGUGGCAGCAACUGGAUCCUGCUCAGAGGACCCUAUACAGAGAUGUGAUGCUGGAGAACUUCAGCCACCUGGUCUCAUUGGGACAUCCAGUUUCCAAACCAGAUGUCAUCUCAAAGUUGGAACAAGGAGAAGAGCCAUGGAUCAUAAAGAGAGACAUACCAAAUUGGAUCUAUCCAGAGAGGGAGAAUAGACUCGAAAAUCCUCAACUGGAUAUGCUUGGAGGUGUUUCCUUCCAUAAGGAGAUAUUGGAAAGUGUAACAAGAGAUCGUUCAUUGUACUCCAUUUUUAAGGUCUGGCAGGAUGAUGACCAGGUGGAGAGAGAUCAGGAAAAUCAAAACAGACUUCUCAGGCAAGUCAUGGCCAUCAAAAAUAAAACAGUUGUUGAAGAGUCUGGCUAUUCAUUUAGGGCAUUAGGAAAACUAUUUCAUGACUACACAGACCUAGAUGCUUCAAAACAAAGACUGUGUAAGUGUAAAUGUAACUCAUUUGAAAAGAGCUUGGAACCUAAUAUAAAGUUAUUUCAUUGUACUAGGGGUUAUGCAAGAAAAAACACUGAUGAGAAUUUUGGAUGUGGGAGUACACUUAUUUCUUCCUAUUCUAAACAUGAAAAAAAUCAGAAUGGGGUGAAACACUGUGAAGGUAGUCAAUGUGGAAAAAUUAUCAGCAAUAAACAAUCUCUUAUUCAAUAUGUGAAUGAUGAAACUGGAGAGAAGACCUGUGUAUGCAUUGAAUGUGGAAAAUCUUUUCUAAAAAAGUCACAACUCCUAAUACAUCAACGAAUUCAUACUGGAGAGAAACCAUAUGAUUGUGGUGCAUGUGGGAAAGCCUUCAGUGAGAAGUCACAUCUCAUUGUACAUCAGAGAACUCAUACUGGGGAGAAACCUUAUGAAUGUUCUGAAUGUGGAAAAGCUUUCUCUCAGAAAUCAUCCCUCAUUAUACAUCAGAGAGUUCACUCUGGAGAAAAACCAUAUGAAUGUAGUGACUGUGGGAAAGCCUUCUCCCAGAAGUCACCCCUCAUUAUACAUCAGAGAAUUCACACUGGAGAGAAACCUUAUGAAUGUAAUCAAUGUGGGAAGGCCUUCUCCCAGAAGUCACAGCUGGUUAUACAUCACAGAGCUCAUACUGGAGAGAAGCCAUAUGAAUGUACUGAAUGUGGGAAAGCCUUCUGUGAGAAGUCCCACCUCAUUAUACAUAAAAGAAUUCACACUGGGGAGAAACCUUACAAAUGUGCUCAGUGUGAGGAAGCCUUCAGCAGAAAGUCCGAACUCAUUAUACAUCAGAUAAUUCAUACUGGGGAGAAACCUUAUGAAUGUACUGAAUGUGGGAAGACCUUCUCCCGGAAGUCACAGCUCAUCAUACAUCAGAGAACGCAUACUGGAGAGAAACCUUAUAAAUGCAGUGAAUGUGGAAAGGCCUUCUGUCAGCAGUCACACCUCAUUGGACAUCAGAGAAUUCACACAGGAGAAAAACCUUAUAUAUGCAGUGAAUGUGGAAAAGCCUUCUCUCAGAAGUCCCACCUCCCAGGGCAUCAGCGCAUUCAUACAGGAGAGAAACCAUAUGUAUGUGCUGAAUGUGGAAAGGCCUUUUCCCAGAAGUCAGACCUUGUUGUACAUCGGAGAAUUCAUACUGGGGAGAAACCCUAUCGGUGUACUGUAUGUGGGAAAGCAUUCAUUCAGAAGUCACAACUCACUGUACAUCAGAGAAUUCAUACAGUGGUAAAAUCAUAAGAAUGGGCUAAGCCCAGAAAAGUCUAAGGUAUCUGCACAAGCCUUAAUAAAUAAUACAAAGCUCAUGGAUUUCAUUAGUUUGAUGGCAUCUUUACUGAUAAAAUUUCACAAGCAAAAUAAAGUUCCUAAUGUGUUUAAUUUUUUUAUCAGAGAUAAUACAGACAUCUCAGUUAUAUAAAGAAUGGGCAUUUUCAUUAUGGGAUGGAUGUAAGACUUUUGAGAUUUGAACUGAAUGAUAAAUAUAACAAGUUACAAAUAUAGCUUAUUUUGAAAUUAGAUAUUUAUGAUUAUGUUACAUAAUAGGAAUUGGACAUGCAGUAAUAUUAUUAACAUUAGCUUUGCAUAAUUAUGACUGUGUAGUAAUUUCCCAUAGAGGACAUGAAGAAAGCUUGAGUCAAAAGAUGCUACAACCUAGUAACUGUGCUUGGGGGAAGGAUUUGUUUCUCCUAAAGGUACCUAUGAAAUUAUUCUUUUAGAUAGAUGGAAAGCUGGAUUGAUAAGGUUCAAUAAAUGUAGUCUUUUUGUUUG